GCCAAACUCUCCCAGUCGAGCCCAGUUACCCCAAGAUGCGCAUCUCGACGUGAAUUUUACUACCGGCGUCUGCGGAUUCUGGAGCAAAUCUAUCAGAUGUGAGCGGCGCCUAAGUCAAGCACUGGGAAUGCCAGUUCUGAUACUACAGUAAUCCGAGUCCCAUUGCUCUACACACUACACGUUUAUUGACGGCGUCGAGAUACAACAGAAAGCAACUUCCCAAAUACAAGAAUUGGCACAAAAGGGAGAGGCAUAAUGGCGUCCUCAAAACGUGUCUCCAUCAUGCCCGCGCCGAAACCCCCCUUCUCUUGCGCACCCAACAUCGUUAUAGCAGAUAAUGCUUCCUUGACCGGUACACAUCCCAUAUCUGUCGGACCGCAGAGCGUAAUACACCCUCGAACCAAGCUAAACUCGACCUAUGCUCCCAUAACAAUUGGUAGUAGCUGUAUCAUCAGCGAGCGUAGCAUGAUUGGGCUUCAAAGCGCACCUUCCGAUUAUCAAACAAAAGGCGUGGUGAUUGGGAAUGGUGUCGUGGUGGAAGUUGGGGCCGUCGUCGAGGCGAUGGAGAUUGGAGAGGGAUGUGUGAUUGAGGUUAACGCAAGGAUUGGGAAGGGCGCAGUGAUAGGAAAGCACUGUAAGAUUGGAGCAAUGUGUGAGGUGGCAGAAGGGGACGUCAUUGGAGACUUUACGGUGGUUUAUGCAAAUGGAAUGCGGAGAGUGGACAGGGGCGGUGUUGAGGAUCUCAAGUUGAGGAUGGUGGGACGACAGGUUGAAGUUCUGAGAAAGCUUAUACCCAGCAAUCCAGCAAAGUUUCAAUGAGUCAGGGCAAUUGACGGUGAAUCGUUGCUUUUCCGAUGGCAGUACCGCCGAUCUCUCAUAUCAAAGGGUACUUUUGUACAAGCCCUCCAUUUGCUACCAUGCCUGUACACUCCUAGAUGCGCCAUGCCUCAAUUUCGACAAAUGAAAGCCGUCCUUAGCUACCUUAUGCAGUAAAUUAUAUGAUACAACCAAGAUGCGCCCUCCCAC